CGUGAGCUCUUCCGAGCUCCACGUAAAAUCUUGUGUUCCAUGUUAUUUCGUAUUUCCGCAUCAUCAAAUUCUUCAUGGUAUCAGAGCAGAACUCGAUCCCUUGUUUAGGGUUUUGAGCUUCCGCAGUCAAGGUGAAGUCCAGCCCGCCGUCCGUCAAUCUCUCAAGCUACCUUUACAGUAGCCACCGUUGGUAGUAAACUCAAUGUUGGCGUCUCUCCAACAUCAUCUCGGCAUCCCCUCGAUAGUCAUGGUUGUCGUUGAAAGAAGAGCCGAUUUCCAAUCCGGCCUUCUACUCCGGAUUCGUAUCAUGGUCGGCGAAGUCCUUCCCGCCGUCAAGAACAAGAUCUCCAGCUCCAUUGCAUCCUCUCCAGUGGAAUCAAUGUCAUAUGCGCCACUAUUGAUGAUGUUGUCGUCGUGCCACACCAUCGUCGUCCGCGCAUCGUCGUCAUCAGCUUUUGUGUUGUCGUUUGGUCAAUUAUGUUUGGAGAGAGACAACUUCGACCGAGAAUCUCAAUCAUCAAUUCAACGUGAUUUCAAUCAAGCAUCGCCGGCAGCUCCUGAGUCGCGGCACCUAGUCAAAGCUAAGUCAUCAACCUCGUUGGCCAAAUCAUCAAAGUCAAGAUUCAGUCUCGGCUGCCCUUCUUCUUCACGUUGGCGUUGUUCGUUUCCAUAGUCUUGUUGGUUCGUUGGCAACACAAAGGCCAAGCCCAAAAGAGACUCCGAUUCGACUACAUAUACAAUCAAGGGUUAGAUUCGAAGCUGAAAGUUCAGCAAGGGUUUAAUUUUCAUUGUCUGUGCAGCUGAGUUUUUCUCUUGAGCUGCUUCAUCAUGUCCGAUGAAGAGUCAAGCUUGAGACAACCGGUGGGUGGGAAGGCUCUUGUUCGUGCUGUCAAGUGUUGUGUACGUGGUGUACCUUGGAAAUUAAAGGGCUUUCCCCUGCACAUCAUCUGAAGUUCAUAGCUCGUUUCAGCAUAUAGUCAAACUUAGUUGGUCGUCGUCUCAUCUUUGUUGCGGCCACGUCGUCAAAUAGCACGGUCGCAUCAUAGCAAUUGAUCUUCCGGCCUCUAAUCUCAAGUCGGAGGUUUCAAUCACCGAGUCAAGCCUCAUCCCUGAAGUUUUGUUCCGAAGAUUUCACCAGCAGCCCUUUCCAUGUGUCGUACAAGUUUGGCUUUUAAUCCAAGUUCAACAAAACUUGUCGAGAAGAUGCAUUCAGAAGCAUGUCCAAAUGGGUUUGUCCUCUUCUGUAACAUCCUUGGGUGAGGCUCGUCUUUAACCUUGUACUUGGUGCUAAUGUGCUUUGCAGGGUAUCACCCCACAGUCAAUUAUUCUUCCAUUCAUGUGGUGGGGGAAAAAUGUGUUUGGUGGUCAAAAGUUGGGCAAUGGAAGGUAACGAGUUCUAGCACCAAGAUCAAGCACUUCCGUUGCCGCUUGGUUAAAUUAGUUUGGGGUACCGGACUUGGCUUCUCUGUCCAGUCAACGUCACUCUAAGUGUGGAAGGUGGAGUUUUAUCUCACGGCAUGUCAUGUAGCUGGUUAUAUCAUCGUGAAUCUUCACCAACAUCGAUUAAAGUCAUGGCAUUGAA